GUCUGUGGAAUGUCCAGGGUGGAAGAAAGAACUUUUGUCUGUGUGUGAAUGUUGCAAUUGGCCACCUUGAUUAGCCUUGCAGCUUCAAAGCCCGGCUGCUUCCUGCCUGGGGGGAAUCCUUUGUUGGGCGGUGUUAGCUGGCCCUGAUUGAUUCAUGUCUGAAAUUCCCGUUUUCAGAGUGCUGUUCUUUAUUUACUGUCCUGAUUUUACAGAUUUUUUUAAAAUACUGGUAGCCAGACUUUGUUCAUUUUCAUGGUUUCCUCCUUUCUGUUGAAAUUGUCCACAAGCUUGUGGAUUUCAAUUGCUUCUCUGUGUAGCCUGACAUGGUGGUUGUUAGAGUGGUCCAGAACACAGAAAUGCUGGACCACUUGGUUUUUUACAGCAGUGGAUCUCCAGAUAUUUUGGACCUCAGCUCCCAGAAACCCCAGCUACCAUAGCUUGUUGUCAGGAAUUAUGAAGAAUGAAGUCCUAAACAUCUAGAGGACCAAGGGUUGAGAACCACUGUUCUCCAACAUUAUCUAAGUGGGGCCCAUUCAGAAUUCUCCAUUUGGUCACAGACUUCUGGACAAGCUGUUGACCAAAGUCAGUUCCAAACGUGAUUCACUUGUGACGGCUACUCUGAUUACCUAGAGCUUUGAAAAGUUAGACUAGGGUAACUUAAGUAUUCUAGGACUUGAUUAAAAAAAAAACCCAAACAUUGCUAUUUACAGGCACAGAUGUAAUGUAUGGUUCAUCUAUAAACCUACAAUCUGGGCCAGGCUACAUGAAAGACAGCAUUCAUUCAUACAAACCUGGUCAGAUUUUGAUUCCAGUAGGAUGUGGCCAUUGUCUGAGACCCACCAGCAUGAGAGGAGCAGUUAUUGGGGAAGAGUGGACCAUCUCACAAUGGCCAUUCCCUGCUGAAAGAGGGCUGUCACCCCCAUGUGCCCAAGAAAAUGCAGCUGUGAUUUGUCAAGGAGGGUACAGUGCUACCAAGUUGGAGAAAUUCCUAGAGAGAUUGCAUCGACUUCCAGAAGAAUCCAUAUCAGCCACAGCAAAAUAAAAACGCUCCAGGUCACUGAUUUCCAAAAAAUGUCUUCCCUUGAAGAAUUUGUCCUGACUUGCAGUGGAACAGAAUCAGUGGAAAUUAACACUUUCAAAAAUUUAGAUACUUUAAGAAUCCUGGAAUUGUGGAAAAACAAGCUGAGGAACAUACCAUCCUCACUCCCAGAGAACCUUGAAGUGCUGAAACUUGGCGAUAAUUUAAUAAGUGCUUUACAUGAAUCUGACUUCGAAGGUUUAAAGAACUUAAGGGUCCUUGAUAUACAAAGCAAUUUGAUUGUAGUUCUUUCUUUUAUUACUUUUUCCUCUCUCAACAGUUUACAGAGUUUGACUUUGGAUGGGAACAAUAUGGAAUCCGUGACUGGACCUGUCCAUCUCCCCAAUUUAAAGUAUCUGAGCAUGGAAAAAAAUAAGUUGCAAUCUUUAUCUGGAAGCUUUUUCACAUCUCUUCAAAAUUUAUUGUUUCUCAAUUUAAAUGGUAAUUUACUGACUGACAUGCCCCCAGAACUACCCAGAUCUUUACUGUCAUUGAAGUUAGAGAGAAAUCAACUCAAAAUGAUGAGAUCUGAAGAUGUGAAACAACUGGCAAAUUUGUCACAGCUUUUCUUAUCUGAAAACCAGAUUUCAUCAGUUGAUGGUGUACAACAUCUUUCCAGUUUAACAAGGUUGGAGAUAGCUGGGAAUAAACUCCAAACAAUACCAGUCAGGCUGCCAAUCACUUUGCAGAAAAUCGAUUGCAGUAAUAAUCUGAUUGGGAAAAUUCAAGCACAAGAAUUCCAUAAUCUUCAAGACCUCAAGCAUUUGUUCCUUGACAACAAUGUUGUUGCAACAUUUGAAGAUGGGGCACUUCUAAAAUGCACAGUACUGUCUAAUCUAGCACUUGAACAAAACUUGCUUCAUUCUAUUCCACUACGCCUUCCACAAACACUAGCCAGAUUGGAUCUGAAAGGAAACAGCAUAGAAAGAAUUAAAGAGCAGGAACUGUCCCAGCUUCAGCACCUACAGGUUUUGAAUCUACGGAACAACAAGUUAUCCACCCUAGAUUAUGGUUUUGUGAAACAUUUGCCUCGUCUCCGAUACUUGUAUCUGGAUGGCAACCCCUGGAAUUGCACUUGCAGUCUCCUCAAAACCAGAAGGCUGCUCUUGACUCAAGGCACAGACGUCAAAGGGGGACGUUGUACAUCACCACUGGAAAGCCAGGGUGAAAGUUGGAUGUCUUCCAAAAGGAUCCUGCAUUUAUGUGCAUCGAGCAAUCUGCAUUCAUCUGAAGAGGGGAAAGAAACUGGAAAGAAAAUAAAUGUUGAUGAGCUCUCCAGUCUCAGAGGACACAUGGAUGACUAUUAUGACUAUGAGAUGGAUUAAGUUUAUCCCCAAAUCUAGGAUUAGCUCACUUCUCUCCCAGGCCACCAGUGAGACUUUUCUGAAAUGCUGUGCAAUAAGAUGCCCCUGAACAUUAGUCAGAUGCAUCUAUGGUUCAACAGUUAAGUCUCUUUUGCUCUGUUCAUGUAUUUAGGAUGGGGCAAUUCUAGUGUUCUAUUAACAUUAUGGAGAUAACAAUAAAAUAAAGACUCUCCCUUCAGUUAUCUGGUAUUGGCUAUAUCAGAAUUAAUGUUGAAGUCUUUAGGGUCCUAUGGGUUUGUUGUGGGUUUUUCUUUCUUCAAUUGUUUGUUCCUUUGGAAAUUGUAUUAAUAGUUUAUGGUAAAUACAUAAUUAGUAGCUGAGCAUAUGUAUAGGUGUAGUCCUUUUGUAAACAAUUAUAUGUUAGGUGUCGCCAAUGCAAAUAUGUAGAAAUUAGGAAUGCUCAAAUAAACUUUCCUAAAGUUUG